GCAGUUGCAAGUCCCCGCAUAAUUAUCCCGCUAAGCCAACCAGAGGCUCCAUAGCACCCUGCGCCAAAAAUUUGGGAGCCCGGGACUCAGACGAACAGCCAGCGGGUUGCAGCGACUCCAAAGGCUAUCAGUACGGCUUUUUUUGACGAUCCAAUUCGAUUCGAUAUCCUCACUGCUCCGAAGUCUACCUACCGACCUGUUCACCACGCAGAGCAGUUAGCCCCAACCACAGGCCCCAAGACGAGGACCGAACGAAACGGGUUGCUCCCGCCCAUCUCUCUCCCUCUCUCGAUUGAGACGACUUCGACACAUUCACAGCAGCCAUGGCGGGAGGUCUCACCAAGUACAGGCAUCUCAGCCGUAACUCGUCGGCGCGACAGGCCCUCCUCCGCGGUCUCGUCACCUCCCUCGUUGCUCACGAGCACAUCCAUACCACGUUCGCAAAGGCCAAGGAGGCCCAGCGCCUCGCUGAGAAGCUCAUCACCUACGCGAAGCGCGACAACGAGGAGACGAGGCGGAAAGCUCAGGCGAUUCUAUACACACCCCACGACCUCCUCCCCAAGCUCUUCGGCGAGCUCCGCACACGCUACUCGGAGCGCCCGGGAGGCUACACGCGCGUGCUGCGCACCGAGCCCCGGAGCACCUACGACCAGGCGCCCUCUGCGAUCCUCGAGCUCGUCGACGGGCCCCGCGACGUGCGCUUCAUGAUGACGGCCAAGGCCGUCGCCAACGACAAGGACAACGGCCACCGCAGCACCGACCUGACCAAAAAGAACGUCGCCAAGGUGACAAGGUACCGCCAGGACGGCAAGACGGCGUUCGACGAAAUGGUGGCCAGCUUCAGACUGCUCAGGGCCCGGUCGGACGAGAAGGCGGCAAGGAAGGAGGAGUUGUUGGAGGGGUCCAAGGUCAAGGCCAAGGCCCCCAAGAAGGCGUAAGCCGAGGCCUUUUGCCUUGGUAGUUGAUGCUUGAGGUCGCUCGCAGGAGAGGGGGUGAGGAGACUGCCACAAGCAGAGAGGACGAUGUGGUGUGGGAAAAAAAUGUGUAACUCAUAAGAAUGGUGUAUUAUCAAGAAGGG